UAGCGCUGCCGCCGGACGGACCCCAGAGCCCGGCAAGGAGCAGACUGCAGAUCCUGAUACAGAAAAGAACAUUCCGGCAGAUCCCAAUGAAGGUCCCGCUGCUCCUUGUGCUGGUCCUGUCUAUGGCUGUGGCUCAUGCACAAGUCUUAGACUGGCUAGAAGACACCGGCAGGAAAAUCAAGGACGGCGCCAGAUUUGUUAAAGAAGCCGGUCAAGGAUCCUGGGACAUGGCUCGAGCCUAUAACGAUAUGAGAGAUGCCAACUGGAAGAAUUCCGACAAGUAUUUCCAUGCCCGGGGGAAUUACGAUGCCGCACAGAGAGGGUGUGGUGGAGAGUGGGCAGCCAGGGUUAUAAGUGAUGCAAGAGAAUCCAUCCAGACGUCAAGCAGCGGAAGAGGGGCCGAGGACAGCGCUGCAGAUCAGAGAGCAAACGAGUGGGGGCGGAGCGGCCGGGACCCCAAUCACUACAGGCCUAAAGGUCUCCCUGACAAAUACUAGACCUGGACGCGGCAAUUCUAUGGCGUGAUAGUGUAAUUAAUGCCAAUCGUCUCAUCCACAAGUUGUAACUAUUUCAGUAUUCACUAAUGAGAGCGCCCCCUAUAGGAAUAAAAGGUGCAUUAUCUUUA